AUGGCCCGCCUUCAACAGGCCCCCAGUGCCGCAAAGACGCAAUCAAGCUCCAUCCAAGACAAGAUUAAAAGUUUCUCCAGCAAGAUCCUUGAUACGCUACCGACGCCCAAAAGCCUGAAAGAAGCGUUGGCCAAUUUUAAAGCUUCCUUAGCAGAGCAUCUAUAUUGCCAGGACCCCAGUAUCACCAGACACACCCUGCCGGCUGACAUUGUCCGUCUCCUCUCCACUUCACUCCCUCUGGACCACAGAUACACCUCGAGACAAAUCUCGGGAAAGGUGGCCAAGGCGACAGCAAUCUCGGACAUUGAAAUCCCACGCUUGCUCUUCUUCCUUUCCUACGACCAGGCAAAUCAGGGCCGUCCCUUUUUCACCGAGCUACUUUCUUUUGCUAGCCUCUGCCCGAACCAAGUAGAUGCCUUCUUCGACCUCCUAUGCAGCUGCGCCUCAGCACGUCGUCAACAUCACUGCGUGAACAAGCGUGGACUCAGUAAACAAGCACCCGGGAUACAAUACAGCGACGUCCUUUCUGCGAGACAGAGGCUCCCUCCACUAAACUUAACCCGCGACGCACGCCACAUCAAGGCACACAGCUCUGGCCAACAUCUGGCCACCGCCAAGGACCAUUCUACUCCGUCGCCAGAGGUUCCGCGUCGUCCAAACCAAGCAUCACCCUCGAGCCCUUGCACACCGUUGUCAAUCCAAGUCAAGGUUCCCUCCGGCGCCCCCUCCGACGAUGAAGUAUUUGCCCUUUCAUCCGCCUAUCGAAUUGAUAACAUAGAGUUAUCUAUCUUUAGAGACUCCGAAUUACCGCUUGUCAUGCAAGAUCCCGAACACCAGAAAUCGGUUGCAUCCGACGACAGUAUUGUCCCUUCAGAUGAAGCAGACUUUUCCGACCUUUGUACAAGUCCAGUUGAUAACGACGCCGACGACGACGACGAGCCUCACUUCCAAGAGCUUGGAAGUCCCUUGCAAGAACCCACCAGCCGAGCCGACAAGGACAGCGAGAACGACUAAGACACACAAACCCCGUCACCUUCCGACGAUACGAAUCUCCAUCUUGUUCCCGAGGCCCGACACCGCCGCCCAGAAAAGAGAGCGCGGCUUGACGAUGAUGUUCUGUCCAGUCCGUCGUCACCGAUUGGUCUUUGGAGACCUUCGCCACC